AUGGUUUUCACAUCACCCUUUCCGUCACUUGACCUACCCAAGACAAAUCUCCUCACAUAUCUCUUUCCCGAAGACCAACUCCCACAAGAAGACCCCCUGUGGCUUGACUGCAAAGAUGACAGGAUCAACCUGUCUCCCAAAGAGCUCGUCGAAUGGGUCAAGCGGCUGUCGUUCGGACUUGAGAGGAUCGGCGUCAAGCGCGGUGACGUGGUCCUGAUUUGCACACCCAACCAAAUCUUCGUUCCCGUCGCCUACCUAGGAAUCGUCGGUGCCGGCUGCAUCUUCAGUGGCGCAACCAGCUUAUACGGUCUCUGA